AUGAAACCAUCAGAAUAUGCUCGUUUAAAAUCUAAACUCGAUGAGGAAAUUGUUGGAAUUAACAAAUAUAAUCCUGGAAACAUAGGAUUGUUGGAGGAUUGUAUCGAGGCAAUGAUUAAUGAAAAUAAAUACGAUAAAAACAUAUUACUUACAACAUUAAAGUUGUAUCAACUAAAUACACCAUUGUACAACGAAUCUAUUGUGAGAAAAAUUUUAUUGAAAACAAUGAUGGUUUUUCCUAGAAAUGACUAUGCAUUAGCUUCUUAUCUAAUUGAUUGUGAGAGAAUAAAUACAAAUGAUAUCAAACCUGUUUUUAUUUUGGGUGAAAUUCUUGAAACAUGCAAUUUUACUGUUUUUUGGAGUAUCAUGAGAGGAGAUUAUAAAAAAGAUGAAGCACAUCUUGACCGUUUUACUCAUAUGGCAGAAAUUCAAAAAAUUGUUAAAUCAACAGUAGGAUUUGAAGAUGCUGUUCGACGUUAUGUUUGUGAUGUUAUAAAUUCAUGUUUUCAAAAUAUCAAUAAAAAUAUGCUUGCCAAAUUUUUGAAUGUUAGUUUAGGUAAACUUUCACAAUACCAAAAAGCCAUGUCAUGGAAAGAGAAUGCUGAAAACAAAAAUUUGAUUUUCAUUAGAAAUCAUGAAGACAACAUUAAAUGUAAAAACAUUGAAGAAAAGUUGUCAUUCGAAACAGUUCGUCAGACAAUGUUGAACUUCUAA